AUGUCGUCCAUCUUAAACCGGAAGUUAUUACUCGCCUAUAUGUGUCUUUGGUACGCUAGACAGAUGACCAAUCCGGAUCAACUUCCGGUCGGUCACGUGAGAAACGGCGGCGUCGGCGCGUUCUCUAUUUCGAGUAAUGGCGACGUAAAUAAAGCAUCGAUGACGCCCAGCGAUGACGAUAUUAGCAGCAAUGGUGGUGGCGACAAAGACGACGACGAUGCCGAUAAUAAUGCUGAUAGCAAUGGUAAAAAUGAUGAAAAUGAAGAUGGUGAUGAAGAAGAAGAUGAAGAAGAAGAAGAAGAAGACGCAGUGGAUGAUGAAUCUGAAAAAUUAUUUAACGAGAAAGUCGUCGUGAUAAAUUGGCAUGGCACAAGACAACAAAACGUAAAAACGAAUAUAACCAGCAGCAACAACAACAGCAACAACAUCAACAACAACUACUACUACAACAACAGCAGCAGCAGAAGCAACAACAACAACUACAAAAACAACAACAACAGCAGCAACAACAACGAGAAGACUCAUAAGAGUAGCAAUAAUACAAAUAACACAAAUAUUAAUAAAAAUAAUAAUAAUAAUGAUAAUAACAAUAACAACAAUAAAAACCAGAGUGCCAAAGCAAAUAAAAAAAAUUAUAAAUACCAUACUGACGCAAAGGUUGCUCGUGUACAUAUUUACAAAUGCAACCACACCAACAACAAAAGCAGUAACAACUGCAACAACAACAACAACAACUAUAACACUAGUAAUAACAAUAAUAGUAAUAGCAUGAACAACAACAAUAGUAUCAGCAACAGCAUUUUCAACUUUAUCCACACCAGCAACAUCAUAACUAGAAAACUCACCCGCAACAUAAACCACAUAGCAAACAACAACAAAACGGACAAGGGCAAUUUUAAAGUUAGCGUCAACCAUAUUAUCGUUCAUUACAACAUAGGCAAAGAUAUAAAAAACAAAGAUAUCAUCAUUAACAAUAACAACAACAACAACAACCACAACAACAACAGCAGCAACAACAACAACAACAACGAGAACAACAACAACAACAAACACGUCUACAACAACGUUAAAACAAUAAUCAACAACAACAACAACAACAAACCCGUCUACAACAACGUUAAAACAAUAAUCAACAACAACAACUACAGCAAAAACAACAACAACAUUAACAACAUUAAUAAUAACAACAUCAACAACAAUAAAGAUGACGGUGAAGACGAGAACGAUGACGACAAACGCAAACUCGACCAAAUAAGAUUUAGAUUUCUGAAUCAACAAUCCAAGAAGGACAACAACAACAACAACAAACAACAACAACAACAAUCUUCAUACUACUAUCCAUCAUUUGUGCAACAACAACAACAACAAAAUAACAAACAACAACAACAAGAUAUGACGUCAUCGUGGCGUUUUGUUAUCGAUGAGUUUACAGGAAUCAUUAGAACAGGCGCCAGAAUUGAUAGGGAAUCAAUUUGCUCAACGAAAUCUUUCAGCAUCAACAACGACAACAACAACAACAGCAACAACAACAGCAACAACAACAGCAACAACAACAGCAACAACAACAGCAACAACAACAGCAACGGUGGUAGCAGCAACAGCUUUCUCGAUCGAUACUACAGUGAUUUUGAUAACGACUACAGCCCCUGUCGCAUCUGGAUCUACGUGGCCAUCCUCCCGAUGAGCCACUUUCGGCUGAUAAAAAUAGCCAUUGACGUUAGUGACGUCAACGACAAUGACCCCACAUUUGACCCAUCCACCAUUGACCUUCGCAUCGGGGAGGGGGCAACAGCGGGUUCGACCUUUAACCUUCACGCGGCACGUGAUGAUGACGAUGCCGGAGAUGGAGGGGGGUUGUUCGGUGUGGCCAGAUAUGCCCUCGUUGAAAUCCUCGAAUGUGUCCGUGAGAGCCUGGGCUUGUUAUGUAGGCGUAAAAUAAGGCAAACUGUAGAAAAGAAGAGUGAAGAAGUGAUGAAAGUUGGAAAAGUCGAAGUGGAAAAUAGGAAAAAGAGUGACAUUUCCAUGAAGAUGAUGAAAGUUCGUGUUAGAAAAAAAGAAGGGAACAAUUGGGAAGGACAAAAAUUCGUGUAA